UGUGGUGCCUGAUAGGCUGUGCAUGACUAAACUCUACUAGCAAUGUAAACUUUCCUCUUGCCUUAUGCAGGAGAUGUUGCUUCUGAAAAUUAGCAGGCUCAUCCUCUUAAUGGACUUUACUCCCUCCAUGCCCUAGAGAAUGACCUUCUUGUUGCAGACCUAUAAGUCAAAUUCCAUUCACAGAUUCCAUGAGAAUUCUUCAGACUCGGGGUUUACUCCUCCCUCCCCUUUCUAACACUAGGUCUGGUCAAAGACAGAUCAAGAGAUGGCUGAUUUAGAUGGGCUGCACUGAAAAAUUUAUAGCCCAGUUUCUUCCUAUUGUGUUCGUUUGUUUGACUGAAAGUUGGAUUAAAACUGAGGAUAGCUGGACUCCAGACACCAUGACUGAAUGCUUUGAUUGCCACUACUGCAAAGAGUCUCUAUUUGGUAAGAAGUACAUCCUGAAGGAGGACAGCCCCUACUGCGUGAAAUGUUAUGAAAACCUUUAUUCCAACACCUGUGAGGAAUGCAAAAAUCCUAUUGGCGCUGACUGCAAGGAUCUGUCUUACAAGGACCGCCAUUGGCACGAAACCUGCUUCCACUGCUUCCAGUGCAAGAAUUCUUUGGUGGACAAACCUUUUGCUGCAAAAGAGGAACAUCUACUUUGUACUGAUUGCUACUCCAACGAAUACUCUUCCAAAUGUAAUGAGUGCAAGAAGACUAUUAUGCCAGGUACUCGGAAAAUGGAAUACAAGGGCAACAGCUGGCACGAGACCUGCUUUAUCUGCUACCGCUGCCAACAGCCUAUUGGGACAAAGAGCUUCAUCCCCAAGGACAAUCAAAAUUUCUGUGUACCCUGCUAUGAAAAGCAGUUUGCCAUGCAAUGCGUCCAGUGCAAGAAGGCUAUCACCACAGGAGGCGUUACCUACCGGGAGCAGCCAUGGCAUAAGGAGUGCUUCGUGUGUACUGCGUGCAAGAAGCAGUUGUCUGGACAGCGCUUUACCUCCAGGGAUGAGUUUGCAUACUGCUUGAGCUGCUUCUGCAACCUCUAUGCCAAAAAGUGUGCUGGAUGCACAAACCCAAUCAGUGGACUCGGAGGAACCAAGUACAUCUCCUUUGAAGAACGGCAGUGGCACAAUGAUUGCUUUAACUGUAAGAAGUGCUCCCUUUCAUUGGUGGGUCGUGGCUUCCUCACAGAAAGGGAUGACAUCCUUUGCCCUGAAUGUGGAAAGGAUAUUUAAAGCUCAGACUAAGAGGUGAGGAAGAAGGGAGGAAAGCCGUGCUUGCAAUAUAGUCUGAAAUACAUGGAUGUUCAGCUUUGCCACUCUGUGUCUCACUGUAUUAUUAACAUUUCUUAACCUUUUUCUUUAUAUUCUCCAAAACUGAAGGGAAAGCAACUUUAAAAUCUCUAAUAGUAGCAUUGGUGUUUAAGAUUUCUACCAAUAACAAAAAAUAAUACAAAACCUAUGAUGUAAAACUAUAUGGCUGGUUUUGACACAACAUUCUAUUUUUAAGGGUUUGGGGUUUUUUCCUAAAAAAUAUUCCAGUUAACAGCAAGUGAUACAGUUCAAGGAUUACAAUGGCCACACAUAAUACUUCAUAGGUGGAUAUUCAAGGUGAAGCCUUCAAGCCCACUGAAAUCAAUGGCAAAGGCCACUCAAUUCCAAUAAGGCUGGUGUAAACCCAGUGUUCUUGAGCUAUGUGACUAGUGUGUGCUGUCAAAUCUGUAGAAAGACUGCCAAAGUAGGAUGUGUUUCAAUGUACAUGGAUUUGUGACAUGCCACAAAGAGAUAAUGAUGAAGCAGUGGAAGCAGGAGUGCUUCAUGACAGGUACAUAUUUUAUUGCAUGUCUAGCUGAUCAUUGUGUGAAGUACAAGUUCUGAUCGACAGUGUCAGUAUUACAGUUAGUUGACAUUACACUGCACAUUGUAUUUUUCAAAAUAAAAUUGUUUAAAACAAA